AUGAGAUAUGGAGCAAUACAAGAGCAAGAACUAAUGGAUAAGGAAUUUAAGACGCAUACGAUGGAGCACAGGCCAAAGAAAAUGAAGAAACCUAAAGGAGGAGAAGAGAAGAAUGUGAAAGUAGAGGAUGGCAAUGCUAGGUUUAUCCUGAGCAACCCAGAUGUCGUAGAACGUGUUUACACUAUGGGAACUGAGAUAAUGAACAGGGCUAAAGUAAACUGUAUCCAGAGCAAUUGGGCAGUAAAUGUUGUAAUCUUAACGUUGGAAUGUAUCAGCGGGUGGAUGAUGAUCAAUGAUCAAACAUAUCAUAGAGUACAAAAGGUACCAGGCCAUUGCUACUUCUCAACGAGAAGAAAACUAUUGCCCUUAACGAGGAAACAAUUAACUCCAUCUUCUUCCAUCUCUGCAGGGAAAGACUCAGAUUAUGUUCAGAACUGUUGCAAGUGUACUAUUUCAUAUACUGUAUAG